UUCUUUCAUAUAACACAUUGGAAGGGGAGAGAAGACAGGAAAGUGUUAGAAUUGCUCCUGAACAUCGUGUGACAUUGUGUGUACAAUCUGGAGUAUUGUUGGUCCAAGAGUCUCAGUGCUCUGGCACUGCUUGUCCUAUUUCAUACAAAGCACUAGGACUUCUCAUAUAUCAAGGGCGUUGUAACCGGCUAAGCUGAGAGCUUUGCGGUUCAGCCUAACGCUGUCAGUUGUAAGCAGUGUUAUGGAGCAGGAGAAAUACUUGCCAGAGCUGAUGGUUGAGAAAGAUAGCCUGGAUCCAUCUUUUGUUCAUGCAAUGCGCCUUCUGGCUGAAGAAAUACAAAAGUUUAAAGAAUCUGUGGGAGAUAAGGAAGAGGAAGACAAGAAAUACUUAGACAUAAUCAGUAACAAAAACAUUAAGCUGUCAGAACGAGUCUUGAUACCAGUGAAACAGUAUCCAAAGUUUAAUUUUGUGGGCAAGUUACUUGGACCAAGAGGAAACUCCUUAAAACGAUUACAAGAAGAAACUAGUGCAAAAAUGUCAAUUUUGGGAAAAGGCUCAAUGAGAGACAAGUCAAAGGAAGAAGAAUUAAGGAAGAGUGGAGAGGCAAAAUAUACACACUUGAGUGAUGAACUCCAUGUAUUAAUUGAAGUGUUUGCUCCGCCGGGAGAAGCUUAUUCACGUAUGAGUCAUGCUUUGGAAGAGAUUAAAAAAUUCCUUGCUCCGGAUUAUAAUGAUGAAAUUCGGCAAGAACAGUUAAGAGAGCUUUCCUAUUUAAAUGGUUCUGAAGACUCCAGUCGAAGUAAAGUAACAAGGAGUAGAGCAAUACGAUUAGUUCCUACUAUAACUGUCAGGAAUCGUGGAGGUGCCAUUCCACCUUCUGUGCCAGGACGAGGUACUCCAGUACCCAGAGGUUCACCUGUGUCACGUGGGACUUUACCAUUGCCACCAGUAGCUCGUGGUCUUCCUACAGUGCGGGGGCGAGGAGCUUCAGGUGCCCCUGGCUAUCGGGCACCACCUCUUGCCCUUGAGACCUAUGAUGACUAUAGUUAUGAUGAUGAUUUUGGAGAUGACUAUGAUGAAUUAGGUUAUGAGGAUUAUGACAGCACCUACACAACACAACCACAAAGUGUACCAGAAUAUUAUGAAUAUGGCCUUGGGACAAAGGAAGAAAAAUACAACAAUUAUGGGCCUGAAGAAUGGUCCUCAUCAUCCCGACCCACCUUAAAAGCAUCAAUUCAAAGAUCAACUAGAGGAAUAUAUAGAGAACAUCCAUAUGGUAGAUACUGAAGGUCUUUUACAUAUGUGACCUCCUCUUACAGACAAUUAUUUGCCUUUUGGCGCUGCAUAAAACAACAACAUGACAAGUAAUAGUCCAUUUUUACCUUGGGAUUACUGCUUGUGGUUUCCUUAUGUACUUCCUUUAUUUGCGAUGACAUCGGUGUAGCAUUGGCUUUAAACUUUAUUUUAUUAACAUGGACUGAAAAACAAUAGUUGCAGGAUCAUUUUGUUGCAAACCAUCAAAUGGGAUAAUGUUUUCUUGGCUGUUAUUCAUCGUGGUAUAUACCUUUUUUAAAAGCAUGAAAGUGUGAAAAUGCUGAAGUCUUGAUAAAUACACAACAUAUCAGGCCUUGAUUUUUUGUGUAGGGUUGCUAAAUUAUUGUAAUAUGAUUUUUGAAUAUAAUAUAAUCAAAGUGUAGAGAGGGUGUUUCCAAAUGGAUUUUUGUAAGAAACAAAAUGUUCAGUAUUAAGUUUGUAAAUUUAACUUAAAAUGCUGUUUUAAGGGGACUGAGAAGUAAAUGGCUACUGUAAUGUAUGUAGCUAACUGAAUCUGUCAGUGUUUUAAUCUGUAUUUGUUUAAAAGAUCACAUAAAGGUCGAUGUGUAACAUUCUCUAAAUAGGAAAUUAUAACUUGUCAAAUAUGUUUGCUCAAAUUUGUCAAUAAAGCUGAAAUUUUUGUUAAGAAACUAAA